AUGCGCAAACACCUGGCUUUGGCAAAUGGGAUGCAGGUGGUUGUGAUACAAGGUGUGCCUCCAAUGGGCGACUCUGAACACCUUGCAGGCUUGCGAGUGAAGGUGAAGAACAGCAUUGUGUCUGUCAACUAUCGCGGCCUGGAUCGGAUGCCACCUGACUCUUCAUCUUCAACUCCAACCAGGUCCAUUUUCACCAUCAUCCAAGACCCCCACCCUUCCUUUGACCCAACUCCAAAGCUUGCUGCAUUACAAAGGAAGGCUGUGACAAGCCAGUUUAAUAUCCCAGGAGAAGGAGAAAGCAGAGCGGAGGAAAGUAGCGGAGGCAGUGGGAGCAGGGAAGAUGCAGUCCAGGCAUCCCUGCUCUGCCUGCAUGUCCAGGGGGCUAGAGUGCCAUUCUGGCAGCGGGGGAUGACAGGCGUGCGCAUGCACAAAUUGCAGGGUGGCCAACCGCUGAUCAAGGGGAAGAGGAGGGCUCCAGCGGAGUUGGAGGCAUUGGAGGUUGUGGAGUGCCCAAUAAAGAAGAAGAAGACAGUGGCACCCGCGGCGGAGAAGUCAGAAGAGGUUUGGCUGGCCCAGGUGGUGAGAGAGAAGGAGCUCACGGAACUCAGGGAGUGCUUCAAGGAGACGAAGGACUUUGAUGUGCAUGGCAAGGAUGACGAAGAGGAAAGGGAAAAAGAGGAGGAGGAAGAGGAAAUAGAGAUGGGAGCUCUGGAGGAACUGGAGUUGGAGGGGCAGGCUGUACAAUAG